ACAUGAAUUUGCAAUAUGUCAAGUCAAGCGUACGACGAAAACAACGCGCAGUUGUGGUGAGAAAAUUCUGUAUUAAGUUGUGAAAUCGAUAUAAUUUGAGGUUUUUGCCGAGUUAAAUACAGUCCUUUGGUUGGUGUGCACUAGCCGGUCGUUAAAUUUUGAUGCAUCGACAGUCAUGGGCAUUCGCAAAUGCAUCAUCAAAGAUUGUCUCUCCAGCUCGGCCCGGAAGGAGGAUCGGGGUGUGACGUAUCAUAAAAUUCCGGCCAACGAGCUCGUUAAGAAAAAAUGGAUAGUUGCAUGUCAGCUUCCUGAAGGUUUCGUAAUUAACAAAGGAUCGAAUGUGUGUAGCCGACAUUUUCGGAAAGCUGAUUUUCAAGAUUUCAAAGGAACUAAAUAUGUUCUAAAGUUUGGUGCCGUUCCGACUAUAUUCUCAUGGACGAUUGCUUCCGUGCCAAACAAAAAGAAAAAAGAGGAAACGGAGAAUAUAAAAAGCGAGGAAACGGUAGUUGUUAAACAGGAAAAUGUGGUAGAAGCCACAAGUGAAUCCAAGGACGAAGUAAAACAUGAUUCUUUGGGCAAAGAGGUGACUAAACAAGAACCGGACGAAAAGGAAGAGAAAUUGGUUAACAUCAAGAAGGAAGUCAUUGACGAGAAAGAAGAAAUUAAACAUGAAGUAGCAGAUGACGAUAUUGUUCUGAAAGACGGAUCAUCCGUCGACCCAAUUGUGAAGCCAAAGAAAAAAGUUGCCUCUAAAAGAAAAUCAUCUCCUAAAAGAUCGACAAAUGUGCGCAAUCCUGCGGCGAAAAAAACUCGUAAAAGCGAACCACCAACGGUUGCAUCUACGUCAAAGGACAGAAGAUCAUCUCACUCUCCUCGCAAAUCUGUUCCGACUGCUCUAAAUUCCAGCCAGUCACCGAUCAGCUUCUCACCGGGAACGAAGAUUGAAGCGCAGGAUUUUGCCGGCAAAUGGCACCCGGCAAAGCUAGGAGAAGUAGAUACUGAAGAACGGGAGGUGCUGGUGCAGUUCGAGAAGAAUGGAAAAAGUAAAUCCACGCUCAAUGACGAAUGGAUUCCAAUGGACAGCGUGCGUCUGAGGCCCCUGCAGGGUCCGAAAACUCCCAAUGGAAAGAUAAAAUUCGUUGCCGGAGAAAAGUGCUUUGCACGCUGGAGUGAUUCCAGGAAGUUUCGGGCAACGGUUCAAACAGUCUUGGACAAUGACAUGUACGAGGUUCUGUUUGAUGAUGGCUUUGUGAAAGUCUGUAAAGCAGCACACAUCAGCAAAUUGAAACGGUCGGAUGGAGACUAUGAGACGGAACUUUUGGGUACACCCAUCAAACAGGAAGAGGAUGGUUCCACUGCCGAUGUCAAGUCCCCAGCUACGCCGAUAAUUCCAAUAUCUGCUUUGUACAUCCCACAAGUGGCCAAAGCCAGUGAUUAUCCGGAGGUUCCUAAAGGCGGGGAAUGGUGCUGCCAUUGGAUGAAUGAUUUUCCUAUCGGAGAGGAAGCCAUAAUAGAAGUAUCCGGCGUAAGAAUUCAUAGCGUUAUUGUUCCGGAUUGGCGGCUUCCUGAAGGUUGGAUCAAACACAUUUACCAGCGAAUUACGGCCUACGGUAAAAUGGAUGUUCUUCUGGUCAACCCGGAAGGUAAAGUGUUCCGCUCCCGUCAAGAAAUGAAGGCAUAUUUUGCCGAAAAGGGACUCGAGUACGAUUUGAAUGUGUACGAUUUCGGACUACACAAAAAACGAGCGAAAGAACUUGGUUUUUGUCAUUACACGAAGGAAUAUAAAGAAUCGCUUAUUGCACCCACAAUUAAAACCGAACCGGUUCUACUGAACACCGAAAUUAACAUUGGCUCCGUUAAGGUCAAGAUUAUUGACAAUCUACUGCAAUGUCCGGAACCGGACUGCCUGAAAACCUUUCGCAAAGAGAACCACUUGCAAAUUCACAUAAAACAUUAUCACAAAGAACUAGCCAAAGGGUUGGGUGAAAUUCCGAACAUGCAGGAUCUGGCCGCUCUGCGGACACCGGUGGAAAUCAUCGAAACACCACCGAAAAUGGUCCGCAGAAAGUCGUUCUCGAUGUCGAACUCCAAGACUUCCCUAAAAGACGACAUUAAAAAAGAGGACAUCGUCGUUAAGAAAGAGAUUGGUUUCGACGAGCUGGAUGUAAAAUUAGAUAACACGGAUUCCACGGAUGGAGACGCGAAAAAACUUAAAGUCGAAAAGGGAGAUAUCACACCAGAACGACCAACAAUGGCAUCAAGUUUCGAUGUUAAGAGCCCGAAACCGGAGACCUCCGGUUCCCUAAUGGCCACAGAUGGUGGUAGCUUGUCGUUUGAUCCGGACGAAACAACGGAGAGUCAUGCCGUCAGCAAACCGAGUAAGCGCGUGACCAAAAUAAAACUGUUCUCCCGGAAGAAGAAAAAGACUACCAAAAAGACCAAGUCGGGUCACAUUUCUAAACGGGCAGCGGCAGCGGCUGCAGCAGCCGCUACUAGGAAAAAGAAGCGAAAGCUUAAAUUGGCUCGAAAAUCGAUGGACUACAUGGAUGCAGAUGAGACGAGACAUUCGUUUCCGAUUGCUGCUGCUUCCGGUGUGAGCGAUAGUUUCUAUCGGCAAGGAUAUGGCUACGAGAAAGAUAAUGAGACCAGUCAAACGACGAACGCUAGCACCUGUGGACAGUACGGGGAUGAUUCGAUUAAUGCUGCAUUCAACAGUCCCAGAUUUAUCAGUGAGAAUGGCGAGGUAAUCAAGAUUGUAUCGAUGAAAAAAGAAGAAAUUAUCAACUGUCUUUGCGGGUACGGAGAAGAGGAUGGAUUGAUGGUACAAUGCGAGCUGUGUUUGUGCUGGCAACACGGUAUUUGCAAUGGGUUCGAACGGGAUAAUCAAGUUCCAGAUAAGUACAUCUGUUACAUAUGCCGCAACCCGCAUGGCGUAAGAGAAUCUCGACGAUACAUGCACGACCAGGAUUGGUUGUAUGAGGGAAAACUACCGGUGGCCAAUUACCACGCACCAAAUCCGAAACACGCUACAAGAUUUGAUAUACUCAAACAAAGUCACACUCUGGGAGGAAACUUACUGGAACUAAAACGAUUUAUGCACAGCCUGAAAGUGAAGAUCAACAUUGCGGAGAAAAAAGAUCAUCCGAAAAUGUACCUAUGGUCAAAGAAGUGGGAAAAAAGCCCUCCUCGAGGCGGGAACGGAGACUUAUCCGGUAUUGUACCAUUAAAUUCUUCGAUAACCACAACCGGAGGUGCCGCAGCUUCUUCGCACGCUACCAGGCCGAAGCCGAAUCCUAUUUCUCAAAUACCCGUUCCGGAGGCACCGAUUGACCCAGCCGAAUGUCAAGCUAUUUUGUUGGAGCACAUUCAAAAGCAACAAAAUGCCGCCAUGGCCCGAUUACAAGCGAUAGAAGCUCAAAUUAUUGCUCUCGAGGCGUAUGACGAUAAAUCAGAACUGCUGGAAUCUCCGACGGCUAAAAACUAUCCCAAAACAAAACAGACGAUUCAUAUGUUGCUGAACGAUUUGAUCAAGAUGAAAAAAAUUGCCGCGAUCCAUCGGAGCGCGCAGCAGCCUUUGUAUUGAAUAAUGUUUCGGGAGUUUUGCAGAAGAAAACAAUUUGUAUCUUGCAUAAAUGACUCUAUUUUACAUACUAUUAAACGUAGGCUCACCUA